CAACAAGUGGUCAAUGUGUCCUGCACACUUGUAGCCGUUCCUUGUAGCCCCUGUCGGAAAUUGAAACCGCCCACUUGGGUUGGUCCUGUGGAAAAAAGGAACUCAUGGAUGACAAUGACAACUUCCCUUUCCUCUUCCAAACCGCUACGAAGUAAGUCAUCUGUGAUCCAUAGGAAGGAACGAUCGAAGGAAACGAACCAAAACGAGUUUGAUCAUUGAUAGACAGAUAGAUGGAUGGAUGGAUGAAUGGAUGGAUGGAUGGAAAUAGAAUGCUCAUUAUGUCCUUUUUUUUUUAGAUGGCCAAGGAUCAAAAGAACACCAAGCGUUCCACCCUCGCUGAUGUCGUUACUCGUGAAUACACCAUUCACAUGCACAAGCGUGUUUUCGGCCGUGCUUUGAGAAAGCGUGUUCCUCAUGCUGUCAAGGCUGUCAAGGAAUUUGCCCAAAAGGCUAUGGGUACCUCUGAUGUCCGUCUCGAUCCUGCUUUGAACAAGGCUUUGUGGGCUCGUGGUGUCAAGCACAUUGAUCAUCGUAUCCGUGUUCGUAUCGCUCGUAAGCGUAAUGAUGAUGAAGAUGCCAAGGAAAAGCUCUACUCUUAUGUCACCUAUGUUCCUGUUGCUUCUUUCAAGGGUCUCGAAACUACCGUUGUUGACGACGAAUAAAUCAUCUAUUACUCAUGUACAACCCUCACCUCCCUAAUAUGGAUUUAGAUAGGACUUGAUCGUUCAGAAAUAAAUGAACUACAUUUUCGAUUCAUUUAUAUAAAUCAUCUUUUUA